AAAUUCAUAGCAAUCUUAAUAUAUUUAUACAUGUAUUGUGGCGCCAAAAUCUCAUUCUACUAUAAGUAAAUAAUAAAUAUUAUCUAUAUCAAUUAUAUUUUUAUCGCCAUUUUAACAUUUUUAAAGUCUCAUGUAGUAAUGAAGGAUGAAAAAUAUUACACAGUAUUUUGAGAAUACUGUACAAUCCAAUAAUAAUAUAUCGAUAUAUUCUAAUGAUGAUACAAAAGAAGAAACGAAAUAUAAAAAUUCAAAAAAAAAACGCAAUCGUGUAAAAAUUAAAAUAUCUCGAACGAAAUCAAAAGAAAGAAUAUGUGACAUUAUAGAAAGUAGCAGUGAUAUGAUUGAUAAAACACCUAGUCCAUUUUCUAAGUUAAAUAAUGAAAAAAAAAAUUUAUAUGAAACACCCAAAAAGUGUUCUCUUUCUGAAAAUUUUCAAAGUCAUUUUGAACACAAUGAAACAAUAAAUCAUACUUUAUGUGAUAUAGAUUUGCAAACAAAUAAUUACAAUAUCAAAAAUGAAAAAAAAAGAAAAGAAAGAAAUUUUAAAACUUGUUUAACCAGUAACAAAAAAUAUAAAAAAGAAUCAAAUGAUAAAACAAAUAUCAAUAAAGAUGUAAAUACAAAUAAUAGCAAUGAUAAAAAAUAUUUUAAAAGGAAGAUUGUCGAUAUAAAAGAAAGUGAGAAAAUAGAAAGAAUAACACAAAAUCAUAUAAAAUCAAAAAGAGAAGAGAAAAAGGAUAAUAAUACAAAUACAACUAUUUUAAAUCAUAAACAACAAACUAGUAAUUUAUUAAAUUAUUUCAGCAAAACUCCCGUUAAUUUAGUACAUACAAAUAUGGCAAAUGUAUCUACUCUUGUAGUAAAAGCUGAUGUACAUAUAGAAAACACUGUUAGACAUGGAUUAUAUAAAUCAAAGUUAAAUAAUGGAAUAUUAUCAAGUAAAAAAAGUAAACCAGAAUUUUCUGAAAUAGAUGAUAUUCAAGUCAUUGAAUCUGAAAACAUUGAUGUAUCGAAUAAUAAGGAAAAAAAUCAAAAUAUUGAACAACAACAUAAUAAACAUAGAUGGUCAUUAAGAAUCAAACUUCAAACUCAUAAAAAUGAAAAUAUUAUAUCAGCAGAUGGAAGCAGUGAUGAAGAAUUAUUUUCACCAAAGACGAAAAUUGUAUUAAAUAAAGAAAAACAUAAGAAUUUUAAAUCAAGUAAAAAUAUAAAUUCGGAAAAUUCAUUGAAAGAAAAAGAUAAAGAAAUAUCAAAGCAAACAAAUGUACAUACGAAAUUGAAAGUAAAAAUAUGUGAUCAAUUGAAAAAUCCAAAGUACAAUUAUAUAGCGAACAAUAAAUGUUUUAAUAAUAGCUAUAAUGAAAAUAAACAGAAAUUAAUUAACUUUGAUAAACAUGAAUGUACAUUGACAAAAGACAAAAAUUUAUACAAAUAUCAUAAUUCUAAUUUAGAAAAUGCUAUGGAAAAUGAACAAAAUUAUGAUAAUAAUUACAAAAUUAUUAGUAAUAACAAAUUAAAGAGAAAAACAUCUGAUAAAUUAGCUCCUUUAUUUACAAAACGAAAAAAACCAGAUCCAGAAAUAAUAACAGCUCGCCGGUUGUUUUUACAACCAGAUGUAAUUGAUAACAAUAAUAAAAAUGCAGACAAAAAAAAAAAAGUUCAAAGUGUAUUACCAUUUCCUCUUAUAAGUCAUAUUACACAAUCAAGCAAUGUAUUAUGGAAUGAAAAUAACAUUUUUCAUAUUCCACAGAAAGUUCAUAGGAAUUAUAUUCCAAAUAUAAAUUUAAAUCACUUUAAGCAUAUCGUAGAUUUUUCCAAAAAGGAAUUAAAAACAUUAGAAAGAAUUAAUAAACCAAAGAUUCAAGAAGCCUUAACAGAUUUAGAAAAACAUUGUACAAAUGUAAAAGAUAUGUGGAAUGUUAUUUCACAUAUUGUUAAGGAAAAGCCCAAGAUAUCAGCUACAAUAAGAACUAAAAAAAAUAAACAAUUAGAGAAUAAAGAGACAAUAGGAUAUAAAACAAAAGUAGAUCAAUUUGAAUGUUAUAAUUGGACUUAUAAAUAUAGACCACAAAGUUCUUGUGAAGUAGUUGGAAAUGAAGAAGCAAUAAUAAAAUUGAAGGAAUGGUUACUUGGAUGGAAAGCAACUUUUAUAAAUGAAGAUGUCAGCAGUGGAGAUGAAUUUUAUUCGUCUGAUAAUAGUCGAUCAAAAAUUAAUGAAAAUAAUCAAAUAGCCAUAUUAUUGGGACCAUAUGGAUGUGGUAAAACUGCAAGUGUUUAUGCAGUAGCAAAUGAAUUCGGUUAUACUGUAUUAGAAUUGAAUGCAUCAUCUAAAAGAACUGGAAAAAGACUUUUAAAAGAAUUAGAAGAAGCAACUAAAUCGCAUCGAAUUAAGAAAGAUGAAAGAACAUCUAUUUUCUGCAAUUCAGUUUCAGAUGGAAUAAUUUCUUCAAAAAUACCACAAAAUUCACUCAUUCUUAUAGAUGAUGUUGAUAUUAUAUUUGAAGAAGAUGAAGGAUUUAUUUCUGCUACAUAUCAAUUAGUAUCAAAUUCGAAACGACCAAUUGUUAUGACAUGUAGAGACAUUUGUCCACAUUUGAAUAAAAUGGCACUUCAACAAAAUAGGAUUUAUUUUAAAGAUGCUUUUAACGAUAGAGUUUCUAUUUUACUAGAAUUAAUUUCAUUAGCAGAAAGCGGUUAUAGGCUUCCUCCUAAUUGUAUAGCAGAAUUAUUGCAGUAUGGAGAUUUACGAAAAGCUAUAUUACAAUUACAAUAUAUAUUAUUAUCUGGUCCACCACGAAUAUUAAAACAAACUAUAAAUUUUAAAGAUUCAUUUUGGCGAAAGAUGAAGUAUUAUAUAUAUAAGCCAGUAAUUAAAGAAAAUAAUUAUAAAAGAAAAAGAGAAAAAAUAAUAAAUAACGAAAAAACGAUUGCUGAUAAAAUUAUGUUACUUGAUAUAACAAAAAAAUUAGAUAAUGUAGCUUUAUUGUCAUCUUUAAUUGAUAUAGAAGAUUCUGCAUUAAAUUUAGAACAAAUAAAAAUGCAUCCCAAUUUGUCUUUAAUUGAAAAUAGUGCUCAAUAUUCAGCUUCCAAUAAUAUUUGUUCAGAAAUAGCUGAAUGGAUAGGUAAUCAAAUUAUAAACAAAGAUCAAUUGUUUGGCUACAAUGAAAUACAAUAUCAAAAUAAUAUUAUGUUAAGAAAACAAUUAAGUAAAGGACUGAAUAUAGCCUUAUCUCAUACGACAUCAUUAUUACUCGAUCGUCAAAUUAUAGCUAUAGAUUAUCUUCCAUCUGUGAGAACAAUAUGUAGAGCCGAAGAAUUGAGAGCUAAUAAUAAUAAUAAAAGAGGAAAUCGUUUCUUUCAUUAUCUUCAUAAUUUGAAAGCAUCAUCUACAUUUUUCAAAACUAAUGUUUUAACAGCAGCAUGCAAAGUAAUGUAUGACGAAAUCGACAAUGAAUAAAGAUAAUAUUAAUACAUCAUAAA